AUGAGUAAGGCAUAUGAUCGAGUUGAGUGGGGUUUCCUGGGAAAGAUUCUGGAGAAGAUGGGUUUUAGUGAGCAUUGGGUGAGGUUGAUGAGGGAAUGUGUUACUACGGUGAGAUACUCGAUCCUGGUGGAAGGGAAGGAGUGGGGGCCGGUGGAGCCGGGAAGGGGUUUAAGGCAGGGGGAUCCGUUAUCUCCGUGUCUUUUUAUUCUCGUUGCAGAAUGUCUGAGUGCUAUGUUGAGGGCUAGGGAGGAGGAGGGAGUUCUUAAUGGAAUGAGGGUGGCAAGAGUAGCUCCGGUUAUAUCCCAUCUUUUUUUCGCCUAUGACUGUCUUUUUUUCUUCAGAGCAAAUAACUUUGAGGCAGGGGUUCUUAAUGGGGUUUUGAAGGAGUAUGGAGCUGCGAGUGGUCAAGAAGUAAAUUUGGGGAAGUCUUCCAUUGUGUUUGGGCGGAAUAUUCAUAGGGAGGAUAAGGAGGCUGUUUGUGAGGAGUUGGGCAUUCACGAACAGCAGGGGCAAGGUAAAUAUCUGGGGUUGCCAGGGUAUGUUGGUAGGAAGAAGAGAGAAAUUCUGGGGUUUGUUCGGGAUAGGGUCAGAGCUCGGGUGAUGCAAUGGGGCAAUCGUUUUCUGUCUAGAGGGGGACGGGAGGUCUUGUUGAAAACAGUCCUCCAAAGCCUCCCAAAUUAUGCUAUGAAUGUUUUUUUGCUUCCUCUGAGCCUGUGUGAUGAAAUAGAAAAGACUAUGAAUUCUUUUUGGUGGGGUUGCGAGAGAAGGGAAAGAGGGGGAAUUAGGUGGAGUAAGUGGAGUGACUUGUGUGUGCCAAAAAAGUUUGGGGGGAUGGGGUUCAGGAGAGUUAGGGAGAUGAAUCUAGCUAUGUUGGGAAAGCAGGGAUGGAAUUUUCUUACUAAGCCCGAUGCUUUGGUUACAAGGGUGUUUAAAGCGAGGUACUUUCCAAAAUGUUCCUUCCUUGAGGCGAAGAGGGGGUCUAAUCCAUCUUUUGUGUGGUCCAGCAUUUGGGAAUCACAAACGAUGGUGGGAAAGGGGGUGAGGUGGAGAGUGGGAAACGGAGAAUCAAUUAGAGUGUGGGGGGAUCCGUGGCUUCCGGACGACUUGAAUGCCCCCUAA